AUGCCAUCCAAGCCUAAGGCGUUCCUCAAACAAUCAAAGCUGAAGAAGAAAGCAGAACAAGCUCUUGAAACCGUCGAUGAUUUUCAGGCAGCUGGAGUGGACUUUGAAGAAGCCGCAGGAAAAUGGAGGGCUGGAGAUGCCGUCAAGUCAAUGCGUUUCUUUUUAAGAGCCGUCGAGACAUAUGACCAGGGUUUGCAAUCCUACCCGAACAGCAUUGAUCUCGCCUACAAUAAAGCUAGAGUAUUGCUGGAAAUCGCAACGCAUCCUCUUCUUGUGCCACAUCUGCACCGGCCACUUCUCGAGGUUUUGCAACAGGCACUGGAGGCGCAUCGUUACGCCCUCACCCUGGAUCAAGACAACCCAGAUACUUUGUUUAAUACGGCUCAAGUUCUGACCGCUAUCGCCGAAGUCUAUGCCAAAGGCUCUGAUCAUGCUGAUCAGGAUGUGCUGCAACUACUCGAAGAAGCGUUGGAGCUUCAAAAUCGUUGCUUGAGCAUUCAAGAGCUCAGGCUCGAGGAAUACGUGCGUCAGCAGGGUGAGGCGGCGGUCCAACUCGCAUCAGAAGAUUCAACUGAACCAAUUGCCAAUUUGGACGAUGCCGCCGACUCCGGUCCUUCUGCAGUCGGCACUGAAGACCAAUGGUUCUCAGUCGUAGAGCCAGUAACGAAAGAUACCCUUAUCGACACUGUUCUUGCACAGCUUGGGACACUCACUACCCUCAGCAGCUUUCUCAGUUCCUCAGACUCCGUUCCCACCUCCAGCUUGGCUUACAUUGAAGAAUAUUCUUCCAAGUUGGUCAAGAUAAAACUGCCUCCGCUGCUUCAGAAUGCCGAGCCAGAGAGACUGCAAGAAGUUGCACUUGCUCGGGCGAAUCUAGUAUCCGAAUUGCUCAAGGCAGGCUAUUUAUUGGGUGCAAUUGACCCAAUUACCUACAAGCGGGAGCGGGAUGAAGCAUUUCAAAUGCCUGAACUGGACCUGGAAAGAAGUUUUCCUGCGUUGCUAGCCAAUGCAAACAGUCUCAUUGCAUUUAACUCUGCUCUUGCGGACGGCGAGCCCUCCCACGCCGUCUCCCAUGCUUCCAUGCGAUGGAGCGCUCUUUCUGCAGCAAUAGCCAAUAUGGCUAAAGCAGCUAAGAUUUCCGGUCCUUUACCCGAAGACAUCGCUGAAACCCAUUUCAUUCGGGGGAACUGCUCGCUUCUGCAACAGCAGCUAGGACAACCACCAAUAUCCUUUGACGCCGCCAUCACGAACAGGCCACAGCUCCUGAAGAAUGCAGAGACUUUCUAUCGCAAUGCCAGCAAGCUCUAUCAGGAUACAGAGCAGAAAGCUGCGUCGCAAUUGCGGGCCAACGUUGUCCAGGCAAUUCAAGCUCAGAAUGAUAUUACAUCCAUUGCUUUUCAAAAUGACCCGGGAAGAGGCCAAGAAUGGAUCAGAGAUCAACUUGAUGACAUGGUCGACGAUGGACUCAUUCCGCCCCUGGCUGGGACUUUGUGA